UUCUGCUUUCCUAUAUCAUCUCGUUCCCGAUGGUGACUGUUACACACAGCUCACAGCGUAUACACCGUCACUGGAUAAGCAUGGAUACGCUAUAUCUCGUAGCAGUAGAUGUGAUAUCGUGGGAUUGAAACGAUGGUAUGACAAAGGCAAUCUUGCAGGCUGCUAUGGGUAGGAGCGGUCGAGUCAGUGAUUGGUAGAUGGUUCCUGAGGCGUGUAAACUUGGAGUUUGGGUCCAUUUCGAUACUUCCCGUGUUCCUUCCUUCAAUCAGCUAUGCGACUCGCUCUCCAUCGAAAACUUGAAUUCAAGAUGUGGCAGGGCGAGAGGAGUUAUCAACUUUGUCAGUCCAGCUUGGUGACCAACAGUUCACGUUCAACAAGAUUGAAUGUUCUCGGACGUGAGUGCCUGUGCUGCCUUGAUGAUGAGGCGAUGGACUAACUCUCAGACUAUAUAAACCUGCUCCAUGUUGUCGACCGUACCAAUGCAUUUCCUUACGAACACUCAUCGUGAGGCGUGGUCGAAUCAACGGUUUCAUUUCCACUUCCACUUUGAACUCCCUUCAGAUCGACAACCUUCAUACCCUAGAGCUCGAGUCGUCUGACACGAGCAUGACCACGCUCUGAAGAGGAACCCGAACUUACGGGGCGAGGUCUUGGGAGUACGUCAAUUGGGAGGGAUACUCAAAUCCACCUUGGUUCUCUCCCACUUCAUGUGGAACGGAACGGCUCAUCUUGAGGUAUAUUAGGUCUAACUUAGAUUGGAGUACCUAGAACAUGCCCAUUGCCCGCCAUUAGCCACAUUUUGGAUGAGCUCGAGCGUCUUCUCCAGCACGUUGUUUUAACGGAUCCGGAGUUGAUGUGGGUCGGAGAAGCGCACUAUGUCCUACUUAUUCUCACUUCCGGCGGCAUCACCUUCCCGCGAGACAGAGAGUUUGAGAUUACUGCGAGAGCUAAAGGACUUCUCGCAAGGUUUACUCGCCCUUCUGUUGAAAGACGACUCGUAAGUCGUUGACAGUGAGCGUGACGAGGAACACUGCAAUUUGUUUGGCCCCUUCCGAGAGGAUGGCGAGCGGUAAUGAAAAGGCGCUGAAUAGUCUUGUGGCAAUAUAUUUACCUCGUUUCUGGCUCCAAACUUCUUUUAACUUAUCACGGGGGCAAUCACAAGAGCUUCAACAUCACUGAUGAUAUCAGCCAUAAUAAAUGGUGCGCCCAUGAACUUCUUUCUGACUUGAGAAGGAAAGACGUCUCGCAUGUUGGAUAGCCUCCGAGAAAAUGAUUGACAUGGAUUAUGGUUCUAUGUAAAAAGGCCAUUGCAAGUACAAACCUCCUUUUCUCCCUUCUCAAAUGGCACCUACACCAUUACUUCGCGACUCGAAAAGCGGCGAAACUCACGUCUUCCUUGUAUGGGUGGUGAGUUCUUUCAUCAUAACAGCCUUCCAUUUCAUACUAUAUGGCCUAUACAUCCCCCUCUUCCGCACCUCGCUUAUCCUAAUGCGAAAACGACCACCAUCCCGGGCACAGACGUUCCACAAAAUAGCACUGAUAGUCUUAUUCACUUUGGCAUCGGCUGCCGUGCCACUGGGUCUAGCGUUUGAUAUCCACCGCGCCGCCCUGGCGUUUUACAGCGACCCGAACCCCUAUUACAGGACUCAGAUCGAUAUACAGAUUGCUCGAUACGUUAUCAUUUACAUCAUGAUGUUGUUCAUCGACAGUAUCUUGAUUUUCCGCUGUUUCGUCAUCUUCGGGUAUCGAAAGAAAAAAUAUGCGCUUGCAGUAGUCAUCGGUUUGGUCUUCAUUUUUAACAUGCUCGGAACGGUUUUCUCAAUCUGGACAGAAAUUGAGUUCCGACGAAGGCCCGCUUUCUCACAUUUCGUGAAUAUCCCACAAUACCUCGCUAACGGAUUCUUGGGGAUCCUCGCAUUGAUUAAUUUUGUACUUACGACCCUCCUUGCUACGCGAAUUUGGUGGUUAUUACGGAAGAAUCGGGAGAUACAAAGCAUGCGGGGGAAUGAACCUUCAAGCAGCUAUAUGAAAGGGCUCAGUACUGUUGUUGCUAUUUUGUUGGAAUCGGGUAUCAUUUAUCUGGUGAUGUACGUCGUAUUCAUAGUCGGGAACCUCGCAAAAGAUUCCUUUGAUUUGGGAUCGAUGAUGAUUCAAAUUGGCGGUAUUACCCCAACACUCAUCUUCGUUCGUGUCAAUAUGAACGGCAGGCCAUCAGAAUUCGAGGAGGCCGAUGAGGAUGGUAGUCAUAGACUUCAGACUCAGUCGACUUUUACUAGUCGAUCCGUAAGGUCGUUGUCGGAGAUUCAGACAGGGUACGCGCUAUGA